AAAGACGAGACCUGCUCUCUGGGGAAAGCCAACGACACCCAGAAACCCUACCGGCUGCCACAGCUCUCCUCCCUCCCCCAGCUCUUGCCGUAAACCCCUCCUUGCACCCAAGAUUCGCUUCGAUUACUCUCCCACAUUCCAUCCUCUUCAACCUCAAAAUCUCGCCUCCGAAACUUGUUGGGGGCUCUGGUGUUGCUGUGGCGUUGUUGCCCUCAGAAGAGUGGCUGAACUGAGCAGGAAACCGAUGAAAAAAACGGAUCUUGCCUUGUAAGGCAGGAAGUUCCAGUUAUGGAGUUGGGCUGCGGAUGGCCCUCUUCUCCUUCCCUGCCCGUCCCGUUAGGUUUGGAGCCUCCAAGAUGACCGUUGCUUACUCCCACACUCAUGUCCCUGGAGGGCCCCAUUCUUCCCAGCCCCCCAGAGAGAUAACACCUGUUGAUAGACCCGACUCAUGGUUCAUAAAGAUUGUCUGCUGCAUCUUCGCCUACUCCCGCACGCGCUAUUCGGACGCCUGCCUGGUCUACUUGCGUAAGUUCUUGACUUCCCGUACUGCAUUCGAGGUUACUCGGAGAUUUAGCGACUACCCGGAAUUCGGGUUUGGGUUUUUCGAGUGCAGUCGGCAAGAUUUGGGAAUCAGUCAUUACCCUCUGACUUAUGAUUUCCUCAUGAGGGCGCUGUGUCGAUCCGGUCUUCAUGAUUUGGCGGAGAGGGUGUUUGAUUGCAUGAGGAGUGAUGGACAUUUGAUUGAUAUCUCGAUAUCGGGAUUCCUGGUGUCUUCGUUUGUUGAGGCUGGAAGAAUUUCCCUCGCGAAGAGGUUGCUUUCCGAAGUUAAUCGUCUUGGGAUUAAAUUUUCUCCCAAUAUGUAUAAUUCUUUGUUGAACUUGUUAGUUAACCGCAAUCAAGUGGAUGAGGCCAUUGCCCUGUUCCGGGAUGAGCUGACCUUGCACUCUAGUCCGGACACAUGGACUUUUAACAUUCUAAUCCGCGGAUUAUGCAGAAUAAGAGAGAGAGACAGGGCCUUUGAGCUUUUUCGUGAUAUGCAGAAUUUCAGUUGUACUCCUGAUAUUGUUACGUACAACACUCUUAUAAGCGGGUCGUGCAAGGUCAAUGAAGUCGACAGGGCGCAUCUCUUAUUAAGAGAAGUCAAGUUAUCAGCUAAUAUCUCCCCUGAUGUUGUGACUUACACUUCUGUUAUUUCUGGUCUUUGCAAGUUGGGUCGGGCGAAUGAGGCUUCAGUUCUUUUCGACGAGAUGAUUUCUUCUGGAAUAAGACCCAAUACGGUCACCUUUAAUGUGCUUAUCGACGGGUUUGGCAAGACUGGCAAUACUGGCAAGGCCAGGGAAAUGUAUGACAUGCUGACUGCCUCUCCUGGUUUCCACAUCGAUGUCAUUACCUUCACUUCCUUAAUUGACGGUUACUGUCGAGCAGGACAAGUGAAUGAGGGUUUAAAGCUUUGGCAGGAGAUGAUCUCGAGAAAUAUAUCCCCGAAUAUUUACACUUUUGCCGUUGUUAUUAAUGCCUUGGCGAGGGAUAAUAGGUUAGAUGAUGCUCUUGAGUUUCUUAGGCGAUUGAGGUUGACGAAUAUCAUUCCUAAGCCAUUUAUUUACAAUCCCGUGAUUGACGGUCUCUGCAAGGCUGGGAAUGUGGAGAAGGCGAGUAAGCUAGUGGUUGAGAUGGAGGAGAAGGGGUGUCGGCCUGAUAAGUUAACUUUCACUAUUCUUAUUAUAGGGCACUGCAUGAAGGGGAGAACGAUAGAGGCAAUGAGGAUAUACAAUAAAAUGCUGCAAGUUGGUUGUGUUCCUGACAGUAUAACAGUGAAUUCUUUUAUAUCUUGUCUUCUUAAGGCCGGGAUGGCCAAAGAGGCUUUCAGCAUUAAAAGGGCUGCUGUUGAGGACCCAAAUUUGAGCAUGUCAUUGUCGAAAAGAGCUGUUCCAGUGAGAGCGAAUGCAGAUUGCAUGGUGGCCUUUUAAUGGAAAGGCUGUCUUGGCUUCUUAUCAUGCCUGUGGUUGAAUGAUGGGCUACCUACACCCCCAACUGCAUGCAUUACUCCUGCUGCAGACCCACGAGUAGGCAUUGAUGUUCGAUGAACUUUCAGGCUGUGGAGUUGCAAUGAAUAUCCGCCUUGGUCCACCUGAGAAACUUCGGGUGCCACCAAGUCAAAGAGCUGCAUGCUAGCACAAGAGGGCAAAAUCUCGAUGCGACAAAAUCAUGCAAUCGCAUAUAUGUGUCUUCAAAGACCCGAAGUUCGUAUGAAGAUCCCAAGAGGUAUUUAAUCUGAGUCUUGAAUUGUACAGGGAGGUCCUUGCGGAGUGGCUAAUGUUAUGCUGUAUCAGUAAGUGUAGGAUGUGGAGCGGGAUAUUUUUCAGACAUUAUGUUUCGGUAUGUGGAAGGGUUUGGCAGUCUGCUCCUUUUUGGUUAAGUUAAAAUACAAAAAAAAAAUUGAUCUUUCUAUGCUUCCAAUGUAUCUACUUGUGCUACCAUGAACCGUCUCUUAAUGCAAAAUUGAUGGAAGAGUUCUAAUACGGUUGGUGCCUUGCUCAGUGUUUCUUGAUUCGGCAAGGUUAUGAGGGUUAA